AAUCUACACAAGGAUUUUUUCACAAUUUCUCUCUUUCUUUUCUCUACAAGAGCUCUCAUUCAAUUUCUCUUGCUUUCCCCUACUAUGACUUGCCCAUUGCUUUUGCAUGCAUGGGUAUUUAUAGUGAAAAAUCCAACCACCCAUGCACCAUUUUUCUUUGCCACAUUACCACCAACGCAUGAUUUCAACAUAGCAAUCCUAGCCCACAGCUAGCUAGGAAUUUCUGACAAAAGAUGAUGCAAGACAGCAACUCCUACGAAUACUAUGGAUGCUUUCAAAUGGGGAUUCAGGUUCGCCUUUUUCAUCCAGUUCCAAAGGAAUACUUGCAUUCUUCAGAAUUAAGAGAUAUAAUGCAGUUUGGUAGUAGCAAUGCGGCUGUAUUUUUCAAGAUGCGAGUUGCAGGGAUUGGGGCUUCUGUUCUGUGUGGGAGCUGGGAUAAAUGUACAUGUUACUUCCGGAAAUUAGUUGGAAGGCCCCAAAAAAAGAGUUUGAUCGAGCUUGUCUCUAAGCUCGGUCCCAAAGCUGGUGGAGGUGUUCUGCCUCUGGGAGAAGAAAUUUGUGUUGCUCUUCAAACACAUAUAAAUGAUGUCAUGUUGUAUCGAUACUCAAAAGCUUGGUCUGCCGCUAAUGUCUCAGUGAAUGGAGAUCUUUCUAACAAUUUUAAGCCUCCUGGUGUCGAAGUGUAUGAGAAACGCCUACAGGAUUUAUCUAAAGCUACUGAAGAGUUGCAUGCGGCAGAAGAAAAGGCAAAAAGAUUAAUAACUGAAAUGCUCAUGUUGGAAGAGAGGAUUUCUAGACUGGAAAAGACGAAGCUAAUGAGGAAGCUGGAAGCCGUUACAAAAGAUUUGGCUGAUGCAGAAUCUAAUCUAGCAAUUAAAAAUGCAGUGAAUGAUCCAAGCAAAAAUGUGUCCUCAAAAGAGGUUGCAUGCUGGAAGGAACAAGCUGAUACGAGGGUGAUGAUGAAGAUCUUGAAGAGGUUCAAGACGAGCAGCCUACGAAACACAAGACAGACAAUCGGAACUCAAUGUAGAGUACAUUUCCUAAAGGCAUUUGUUGAAUCUCUCGGGGCAAUUGGCUACACAGUUUUGAAGUGGGGUUGGAGGAAGAGGAGAAGGAAGAUGGGGAAGGAGAAGGAGGGUAUUCCGAUGAUAGAUCUUUCAAAUUUUCCUGGAGAGUAUGAGAAACUGAGGGAAGCAUGCCAAGACUCGGGAUGUUUCAGGGUGGUGAACCAUGGCAUCCCUCUGGACCUCAUGUGGGACAUGAAGAGGGUUGUGAGAUCUCUGCUGGACCUUCCCAUGGAAAUCAAGCGCCGGAAUACGGACGUGAUCCCCGGAAGCGGGUACAUGGCGCCUAGCCAAGUCAACCCUCUUUAUGAAGCUUUAGGCCUCUAUGACAUGGCUUCCUCCCAUGCUGUGCAGACCUUCUGUUCUCAAUUGGAUGCCUCCCCUCAGCAAAGGGAGAUCAUAGAGAAGUAUGCUCAAGCAAUUUCUGAGUUAGCCAUGGAAAUAGGGGGAAAGCUAGCUGAAAGCUUGGGAUUGAAAAGUGAUUUCUGCAAAGAAUGGGCAUGCCAAUUCAGGAUAAAUAAGUACAACUUCACCCCGGAAGCGGUAGGCUCCACCGGAGUACAAAUCCACACCGAUUCCGGCUUCCUGACAAUACUUCAGGAGGAUGAAAAUGUUGGUGGUCUGGAGGUGAUGGAGAAGAAAUCCGGUACCUUUAUACCUGUCGAUCCCUUGCCGGGAACCCUUUUGGUCAAUCUUGGAGAUGUCGCUGCGGUAUGGAGCAAUGGAAGAUUGUGUAAUGUGAAGCACAGAGUGCAGUGCAAAGAAGCAGCCAUCAGGGUGUCGAUUGCAACGUUCCUGUUGGGACCAAAGGAAGCAGCGGUGGAAGCAGCGCCGGAGCUGGUGGAUGCAGAGCAUCCGCGCGUUUAUGCGCCUUUUACCAUUGAAGAGUACAGGAAGCUCCGGCUCUCCACAAAAUUGCAGGCUGGAGAAGCACUUGAACUUUUACGCUUCAAUUCCUGAACUUGAAAAUAAAAUGGACAAGGAAAGCAGGUGGAGUCGCCCUUCCUUCAAAUUGAAAGUACUCUGUUUAAUAAAAAUAAAAUAAAUCCUAAUUUUGCAGUAUAGUAUAGUGGUAACUGCAAAACAGCUUUUUAUAAAAAUUAUGACAA